AUGAGACUUUACCCUCUGUUUGUCCUGGCCAGCUCGAGCCUGUUAUUUACCAGCUGUCGUUAUGGUAAGGAAGCAAGGAGACGGGACGAAUCCGUCGUCACGGUCAUAUGUGAUUCAGCCAAGAAGCACGGUGUUUUUCUGCCCUGGCCAAGUUGCACUGGGAAAGCUACAUAG